CUAGGCCGUCGUCCGCCGUGUGGUGCGCGCGGUUUCCAGCUCGGCUCGACGCGACGGUCCCGACGUCUCGAGGCAUGCUGUAGCCGACGCGCCCGUCCAUCCCGACAGUUUUUACCACGCCGUUACAAUCCGCCGUCGUCAUGCCCGCGUAUCAUUCGAGCUUCACCAAGAGCCAUGGCACCAUCGGGAACAUGGCGUUGCUGCCAAUCAAGACCACAUUCAGGGGUCCCGCGCCUCCCUUCAACAACAAGGAGCAGGACAUCAUCGACGAGGCGUUGUAUUUCUUCAAAGCCAACGUGUUCUUCAGAACGUACGAGAUUAAGAGCGAGGCCGACAGGGUUUUAAUCUACAUCACUCUAUUUAUUACCGAAUGCCUGAAGAAGCUGCAAAAGUGCGCGACCCAGCCGCAAGCCAUGAACGAGAUGUUUUCCCUAGCAAUCUCCAAAUUCGAUAUCCCCGGCGAUCCCGGUUUCCCCCUCAACUCUGUGUAUGCCAAACCGAGCAGCCCCGCGGAAGCUGAUCUUAUGAGACAGUACCUUCAUCAAAUCAGGCAGGAAACGGCAGUUAGGAUUGUUGAAAAAGUAUACGGCGAGGAUGGAAAGCCGAGCAAAUGGUGGCUCUGUUUUGCCAAAAAGAAAUUCAUGGACAAGUCACUGUCUGGACCCGGUCAAUGAGUUAUUUUCCUCUACGUUGUUUCGAAGGUGUGCAAGAUUGAAAAUAAAUCGGUUAAAAAAAAAA